AUGGGUCCUCUACAGUAUUUAUUUCUCUGUGGACUUCUGUACACCCAAACCGACGGGUCUCGUCUCCGCCAGGAAGACUUCCCUCCCCGCAUUGUGGAGCACCCCUCUGACCUCAUUGUGUCUAAAGGGGAACCAGCCACUCUCAACUGUAAGGCCGAGGGCCGUCCAACCCCAACGGUGGAAUGGUACAAAGACGGAGAGCGCGUCGAGACGGACCGCGAAAACCCCCGCUCCCACCGUAUGCUGCUGCCCAGCGGGUCCCUCUUCUUCCUACGUAUCAUCCACGGCCGACGGAGCAAGCCCGAUGAUGGCAGCUACGUGUGUCUGGCCCGGAACUAUCUGGGAGAGGCCAAAAGCCGGAACGCAUCUCUAGUAGUAGCAUUGUUACGGGACGACUUCAGGCAGAACCCACAGGAUGUGGUGGUGUCGGUCGGGGAGACCGCCAUUCUCGAGUGUCAGCCUCCACGCGGGCAUCCUGAACCCACCACCUUCUGGAGGAAAGAUAAUGCUCGCCUUGAACUCAAAGAUGACAGAAUCACGGUUCGUGGAGGAAAGCUAACCAUCUCAAAUACCAAGAAGAGUGAUGUGGGGAUAUAUGUGUGUGUGGCAGCCAACAUGGUUGGGGAGAGAGAGAGUGAAAAAGCUCAGCUCUCAGUGUUUGAAAGACCAGUGUUUGUGCAACGGCCUGUGAACCAGGUGGUCUUAGUUGACGAGACUGUGGAGUUCAGGUGUCAGGUUCAUGGUGACCCGCCUCCUACACUGCGUUGGAAAAAGGAGGACGUGGACAUUCCCCGCGGCAGGUAUGACAUCAGAUAUGAAAAAGAGGACUUCCUGCUCAGGAUAAAGAAAGCAUCAGUCAGUGAUCAAGGAACCUUCACCUGUGUAGCAGAGAACCGUGUGGGUAAACUGGAGGCCUCUGGCUACCUGACUAUCAGAGCUCGCCCUGUUGAGGCACCCCAGUUUGUGGUGCGACCCCGUGACCAGAUUGUGGCACAAGGACGAACAGCUACCUUUCCAUGUGAGACCAGAGGUAAACCUCAGCCCACUGUCUUUUGGCAGCGAGAUGGUAGCCAGGAUCUUCUGUUCCCCAACCAGCCAAAACAGGGAGAUAGCCGUGUUUCUGUGUCAGUGAAUGGAGAGUUGACUAUUUCAUCAGUGCAACGCUCUGAUGCAGGGUAUUAUAUAUGCCAGGCCCUCACUGUAGCUGGCAGCAUCCUGGCCAAGGCCCAGCUUGAGGUAGCAGACGCCCUGAAGGAUCGCCCUCCACCCAUCAUCCGACAAGGCCCAUCCAACCAAACGCAGGCGUUGGGAGGUGUGUCCCUACUAAAGUGUCAGGCAUCAGGGGACCCAGAGCCCACGGUCACCUGGCGAAAGAAUGGCGUCAAUCUGCUUGGAAAGGACCCACGAUUUUCCCUGCUGGAGCAUGGCAGCCUUCAGAUCCAGAGUACCAGGCUGUCUGAUCUGGGGUUGUACACCUGUGUUGCCACCAGCUCCAGUGGAGAAACAUCAUGGAGUGCCUACUUGGAUGUCAGAGACUCCACUGACCUCGUGGACUUCAUGCCUCACAAUGCAACGGCCCUCUCAGGGCCGCCCUCCAAGCCAGAGGUCACUGAUGUUACCAAGAGCAGUAUCUCGUUGUCAUGGGAACCGGGGCCAGAGGCGGGCUCCCCAGUGUCUUCCUAUGUCAUCGAGGCCUUUGGUCAGUCAGUGAGUAACAGCUGGCAGACAGUGGCAGACCAUGUGAAGACCACUGAGUUCACAGUCAAGGACCUACGACCCAAUACUGUCUACCUGUUCAUCAUCAGGGCAGUCAAUGCUCAAGGGCUUGGGGACCCCAGCCCCAUGUCUGAGCCAGUCCGGACUCAAGACAUUAGUCCCACAGCACAGGGAGUGGACCAUCGUCGCGUGCAGAAGGAGUUGGGAGAUGUGGUGGUCAGCAUGCAUAACCCCGUGGUCCUUAGCUCUACUUCAGUGCAGGUCACAUGGACUGUGGAGAAUCCAUCCCAGUUUAUUCAAGGCUACCGUGUUCUGUACCGGCAGACGUCAGGCCUGCCCUCCCCAGGGCCAUGGCAGAUGCAGGACUUGAAGGUCGCCUCAGAGAGGGACAUAACUCUCUCCGGUUUGAAGAAAGGCAUCGUCUAUGAGAUUAAAGUGCGGCCAUACUUCAAUGAGUUCCAGGGUGCAGACAGUGAAUCCAUGACAGCACGCACCAUGGAAGAAGCACCUGGUGCGCCUCCACAGCAAGUGACAGUGUUGACAGUAGGCAGCCAUAACAGCACGUCCAUCAGCGUGUCAUGGGACCCUCCUGCCUCGGACCAACAGAAUGGCAUCAUCCAGGAGUACAAGAUCUGGUGUCUGGCCAACGAAACCCGCUUUCAUGUCAAUAAGUCUGUCGAUGCAACCAUCCGUUCAGUGGUUGUUGGGGGGCUGCAGACUGGAGUGCAGUACCAUGUGGAGGUGGCUGCAGGCACCAGUGCAGGGGUGGGGGUCAAGAGCAAACCCCAGCUCAUCAUCUUGGGUGCAGAACUGAGGGACGAGAUGACGGGAUCGGAGGGCAACAAUAGCAUCUCGGACGUGGUGAAGCAGCCGGCCUUCAUUGCUGGUUUGGGAGGGGCCUGCUGGAUUGUUCUCAUGGGCUUCAGUGCCUGGUUGUACUGGAGGAGAAAAAAGAGGAAGGGACUUAGCAACUAUGCAGUUCAAUCCUUCACCUUUACGCGUGCAGUUACAUUCCAAAGAGACAGAGGCCUGAUCAGAAAUGGAAGCCGUCCAGGACUGUUGAAGUCGGGUGACCAAGGCCUCCCCUGGUUGGCUGACUCCUGGCCCUCCACGAGCCUCCCAGCUAACGGCGGCUUAGGGAGUCCGAAGGGCGGCAGCAACUUUGGCCGAGGAGAUGUUUUACCGUCCGCAGCAGUGGAGAAGACGGGCACCAUGCUGUCUGAUGGUGCCAUCUACAGCAGUAUUGACUUUAUGGGGAAGGCAGGCUACAGCAGCCCGGCACGAGGCAGUCAGCCCACCCCCUAUGCCACCACUCAGAUACUCCAGUCCAACAGUUUCCACGAGCUGGCUGUGGACAGGCCAGAUCCCCGCUGGAAGGCUUCUCUUCAAGCCCAGCAGGAAAUAGCAAACCUGGGCUACUCGCUAACUGACAGACGCCCUGGCAGUGGUGCAAAGGUUGGGAAGAAAAAGAAGGUGAAGGGUGGAACGAAGGCCUCUAAAUCAAAUGGGACGUGCUGGGCUAACAUGCCCCUGCCUCCACCACCCAUGCACCCACUCCCUGGUACUGAGGUUGACCUUGACCGUUACCCUCAGGAAAACCACGGAGGAGGAUAUGACAGCAACAGUUGGGCCCCACCAAUGUCUCUCCAGACCUACCGCCACCAGAGUUUGGAUAAUGAGGCAGAGGAAGAGAGAGGUCCCACUCCUCCCCUGAGAGGAAGAUCCUCCUCGCCGGCAGCAUCUUCCUUCAGCCAGCCCUCAUCUUCCUCUCUCAGCUCUGCCCACCAUGAGGAAAUGCAAUCCAUUUUGCAGGCCCACUUGGAUGAGCUGACCAGAGCUUACCAAUACGAGGUGGCCAAGCAAGCAUGGCACAUGAAGGGUAGUCCAAACGUGUCCACCACCCCCAUCCCUCCUGUGGACUUCAUGUCCAGUACGCUGGGCUCUGAUUUGGGAGCAACUCUCCUUUCUGAAGAAGAUGAGGAUUUGGAGGAGGAGGAAAGAUACGCUAUGGUGUCAAAGAAUUUGUGUGGCUUUGAAUACACUCCCGGUCACAGCGUAGACAACCUUGAGGGCUCAGGUAAAGGCUCCCAGCAGUGUCGCUCAGACAGCUCUGGCUCAGCAGACCAUGGUGCACAGGGCACACAUAGCCUUGGCCACAAGAGGGCAACACUGACUGGCCUCAAACCGCAGACGGGCAAGGUCGGGACUCUGCCCAGACGGAGAGACACCAACAAUGAAGCCCACACACCGGCCCUGCACAGCCUGGGUUCCCGCAUGCACAGCUCAUGGGCAGCUGCGGCCUCAGACCCCUCUGAGGAGUGCAUGGUGACCGUGUCGACGCUAGAGCGGCAGCAUAUGGCUUCCUGGAGCGGCACAACAACAUCCAACAGGGCCACCCUGAGUAGGGGUUCCCACAAGAGACCUGGCACAGAUCCCACCCACAACGGGCAUCUUUCAACAAGCAGCACAGAGAAAAGGGAACACUGUAGGUGUUAA